CAUUCUUAAUAAUUACCAUCGUAUUUCCAGGUCACCUACAACGUCAGUGGUCUUCUAGUAGUCGACGAGAGUGGUAUUAUAACUGCUUGCAACCAUCACUUCGCCAUGCUGACCUUCGGGAAGCCACACUCUGAAGUUAUUGGCCAUCACAUUGAGGAUGUCAUUCAAAACUUCUGCCAGGAAGCUGAUAUUGUUAAGAUGCCAGAACGGAACAGAAAUAUGACUCUGUCUCCUGUUAAUAAUGAUGAUAAUGGCUCAGCAUCAGACACAGACGAAGAUUCCUGCGGAGCAUUCAAUGGCAGUCAGAAAUCAGCUUGCAUGUCCCUCAACGUCCAGCCCUCCAUACUGUCCACGACGCGGGAGAAGUCGUCCAGUGCUCUGUGUCUCGACAAGUCCUGCAGCAUGGUCACCCACACGCCCACGCCCACACAAGACAUGGUCUCAAGCAUUAGUACUACUGAACAACGAAACGACAUAUCCGCCCUGCCUGACGUCACUUCAGGGAUGUCAGGAAUAUCUAUAGAUGACGAGAAUUAUUGUCACAGCAGCAUAUCAAAGUCUCGCUCGGAAAAUAUACUGCGGUCUGAGCAGAGCAACCCUGCUAGGCCAGUGGCCAAGCCAUCGGAGAAGUCUGACUCGAUAUACUACACUUCGCAGCAUUCGCAAGAAGUGACGCCGACUGGAAACACUCCUAGAGUGAGACUCAACGAUCCGUCUUUGAGAUUAUCAUUCGAUUCUAGUAAAUAUAGGUCUCUAAAAGCGAAUUUACCUGGAAAGGAUGACAAAACAAGUCUUUCUUUAGACUUCUGUGACUCUAAUGAGACUAGUGCGGACUUCCUCACUCCUAUAAACGAGAUGCCGCCCCCUGGUUGUGAGAUUGAAGACUUGCCGAAGCAUAAUGGUAACGAGAGCGUCGAUAGCUUGAGCAAUGAUAACGAUUUGGAGACACAGACUGAAUCUGCUCCGAGGAAAUUGUAUUCAGAAGACGCACCCGAAACUCCCUGCGUAGCGAAGCGCAUGGUGCGUACCUUAGUGAUGACGUCGACCCCGCAACACGUGCGCGCCAAGCCCGACUGCGACUGCGGCGCCGACGGGCCGCGGGACGGGACCUACAGGGGGGUCGUGCUGCAUAAGGACGGCACGCAACUUAACGUACUGUACACGGUGUCCAGUAUGCAGCUGGGCGGGGCGGGGCCUGGGGCGGGGGCGGGGCCCGGCCCGCGCCUGCGCUGUGUGUGGCUCGGGGUACAACUCGAAGAUACGCGACGACAUACCACGCUAGCUUCUAGCGUCGCCUCUACUGCUGACAACUCUCUAAUACUCGGAAACAAGUCGGCAGGCAGCAGACCUCAGUCUAUGUCGCUAGUGAGCCAGUGCGGCGACGAGCAAGUUUCCGGCGAAUACAACAAACAUUAUGUCACACUCAAGCAGAUUGGUAAAGGAGCAUACGGUUGUGUAAAAAUGGCGUACCGUCGUUCGGACCGUCUGCUGACAGUUGCCAAGUUUAUUCUCAAAGAGAAGGUGGGCGCACAGUUCUGGGUGGACGCUCCCGAUGGACGACGCGUACCGUUGGAACUCAGUCUAUUGCUCACACUCAAACAUCCUAAUAUUGUGAGCGUAAUUGACGUAUUCGAGAACGAAAAAUACUUUCAAAUGGUGAUGGAAAAGCAUGGUGCAGGCAUGGAUCUGUUUGAAUUCAUUGAACGUAGACCAAGACUCGAUGAGCCACUGCUUAGUUAUAUAUUUAGACAGAUAGGACAAGCAGUAGAGUACCUGCACUCCCUUAACAUCCUACACCGUGACAUCAAAGACGAGAAUGUCAUCAUCGACAACAAGUUCCACGUCAAACUUAUAGAUUUCGGUUCAGCGACGUUCAUGAGCAAAGACACGCUGUUCUCCACCUUCUACGGUACUACAGAAUAUUGCAGCCCUGAAGUUUUAGCGGGAAACAAAUAUGCGGGCCCUGAAUUAGAGAUGUGGUCAAUGGGGAUAACUCUGUAUGUCCUCACAUUCUUUGUUAACCCGUUUUCGGACAUCGAAGACACAAUACAGGGACCGCUAGCGUUCCCGCAGGUGGUUUCUGAAGAUUUGGAGCAGCUCCUCCGUUGGAUGCUGUGCAAGGAGCCAGCCAGUCGGUGCAGUAUAUCUCAACUCAUGGCUCACCCUUGGAUCCGGCAACCUGUUGUUAUUGCCAACUACGUGUUCCAUGAAAUUGUGGACUGUGAUCGACAUGAGGCGAAUCCUGAAAUGUAUUACAGUGGCAGCCUUGGAUCACCCCGUAGUGGAUCUCCUGUGUCAUUAGCUGAUCCAAUGGUUAAAGAGCGCUCAAAUCCAUCAGAAGUGGCAAUUCGGUCGGACGGCAAGAACUUGUCUCGAGACGAGCCCAAGCGUAACUCACUAGCGCUCCAUGCUCUGUCUACAGCUGACAGAGACGCGCAAUCCGACAACUAUAGUCUACGGUCCUCAGCUGAUAUCCUGGAUAUAUCAUCAAAGCCGGUGUCGGAAGCAGCGCUAACAGACAUUAGCUCGGACGCCACUGGGCACGCCGCCUGCGACAUAGACUACGACUGCGACCAAUACGAAUGUGAUAGCUGGGACGAGUGCGAGCAGGACAGCUUCUCUUAAUCGUACAUCUCACUCGCAACACAACUGGGUAUAUAAGCUCCGCCUAAUUUGAAUUCUUUGAAUUUGAAAAUACAAGCGUUGACCGUCUGUAUUCCUUAGAGACUGUGACAUUACCAUAUUGAAGGUAAAUUGAUGUUAAAGGAAAAAAUCCUAAUUGUUGUCAAGUAAAUCCAAUGUUAAUGAGAAAUCGUAAUUUUGACGUCGUCGUUAUUUCUUAGCGAUUAAAGUUAAUUUUCCAAUGUUUAUUGCAGUUAGAUUCCUUGUAAGAAUCAAUAAUGUUUUGACGUAAAAAAUAAUGAAUUUGCUAUUUAUAAUGACAAACUUAUAAAAAGAAAUCGAAUUGUUGCUUGUAAUUGUUGCAACAUCCCUAUAUUUGAUUUCUUAUAUGGUGUUCAAAUUGAGAGAAUACUAAAAUAUAUUUGACACAUGGUAAAAUCUUAU